GUGAUGCUAACGCUAAGCUACGGUGACGGCCGGAGGUGUGUGUCGUAGAUCGUUGUUUGGCAUCUUAUCCGCGGUGAAUUAGUCCUGGCCCGCGUAGAAGACCUCGUUAUAAUUUUCUCGUAUUUGUCUGGGAUGUAUGGAUGGAUAGUUGACGGAAUAUCGUCGCUGUUUGAGCCCGUUACGGGGCAAAACCCCACCGAGUGGCCCGGGAAAGGUAACGUUAGCCAGGAGGUACCCACGCGACCUGGCAUUAAAGCGGGAGCACAUCGACAGGAGAGUAACGGCAGACCGGCUAAACGGAAUUACCAGAGUGUUGAUGUUGCGGACGGUGUUUGCCAGAGUGACCCAGUAGAGGUGAAAAGACGCAGGCGAGAUGUAGUCAUCAGCUUUGUGAAGAAGACUGUGGCCAGUGUAGCAGGUCUGCUCAGGCUGCGCAACCCGCUGACCACUAGGUGUGAGAAGCCCAGACAUUAUGAAGACACACAGCCUGUCACUCUAAUGGGGAUAGAUGAGCUCCACACCUCAUGGCUACACAGUACUGAGUGGAGAAUGGAUAAACCAGUGGGUGGAGUGAAUGAGAAGGGGGGCAAGAAUCCCUUUCAGAGCUCCUCACCUCCUUUAAUGAGGAAAUACAGUGGGACAGCCCUCCCUACAGGUCACCCUGACAGGGGGAAGGACAGGGAGAGGAGAGGCUCUCUUCAGCUGCUGCCCUCAAGGUCUGCUCUGAGGGUAGGAACUGCUAACCCAGACCCAACCUGCAAUGGCUUUGGACAUAACCGCUGCUACAAAUCCAGUCUUACUGUGGAAGAGACCAUAAAACAGAAUGAUAAGGAGCACUACAGGCGCUUGCUUCAGAUGGUGACAGAAAAAUACAGCAAAAGUCAACCACUACCUUUCAACCAAACAAAACCACAAGAUGAGUCACUCUUACAAGGUGACAACAGACCUGCUGCUUCAGGCAAAACCUUUGAAUCAGUGCCCAGGAAGACAGGAUGCACAGCAGCCCCGAACAUUUUUACAUGGAGAAAUGCAUCUGCAAUCAAGGACAGGUGGGGUGGCUUGACUUUCAGCAAGUCAUUCAGUGGCGGCUUUGAGGACGCACAGCCUGUUAGAAAUGCAAAGAAACAGGCAGCUGAGUUGGACCUCUCUACAGAAGUAGCGACUCGCCUCAAUCUAGUGGACCGAGAGACUCCUGCUGUCAGCCUGCCUGACACUCAGUCUGCACACACAGCAUAUACAAGGUACAGCGAUGAGGACAUACCUAGGCUGACCAAGGAAAUGGCAGCGGAGGUGAGCAGUGCUCUGGCUCAGAGUGAUCCCAACCUUGUUUUAAGUGCGGCUUUCAAACUUCGCAUCACACAGAGAGACCUGGCCACGCUGCAGGAGGGCGGCUGGCUCAAUGAUGAGGUGUUGAACUUCUACCUGUCCCUGGUCAUGGAGCGGUGUUCUAGUGAAGCAGCAGGAUUAAAAGUGUACUCGUUUAACACCUUCUUCUUCCCCAAGCUGUGGGGUGGAGGAGGUGGGCAGGCUGGAGGACACGCUGCUGUGAAGCGCUGGACCAAAGCUGUCGACCUCUUCCUCUACGACCUCAUCCUGGUCCCUCUGCAUCUGGGUUUCCACUGGGCGAUGGCUGUGAUAGAUUUUAAAUCAAAGACGGUCAAGUCUUAUGACUCGAUGGGCCAGAGACAUGAUGACAUCUGUAGUCAUUUACUGCUCUAUCUUAAAGAGGAGCACAAAGCAAAGAAAGGCAGAGAGCUCGACAGUGCAAAAUGGACUAUUGGAAGCUUGAGGGCAACUGAGAUUCCCCAGCAGAAAAAUGGCAGUGACUGUGGUGUUUUUGCUUGUAAAUAUGCUGACUACAUCGCAAAGGGAAGGCCUCUCACAUUCAAACAGUGCCACAUGCCUCUCUUCAGAAAGUUAAUGAUUUGGGAAAUCCUCAAUCAGAAGCUUCUAUAGAUCAACAAGAACAAUCUCCUGUCCAUUAACCGCCUAACAACAGAGACUUUCUCAAUGGGAGCGACAUCUGUGUACAUUAACAUCAUGGUGAAGAAAAACGAAACAAUGGGCCAAAGAAGUGGACGGAAAUCUGACCCAGUCUUUUUUGUUCUGGUCUGGAGAAAUCAAACACUAGUCUUAAGAGUUGAUUAUGUCCCUUUUCCUGUCAGGGACGUAUUAAUGUUUUGUAAUCUCUGAGUUGUAAUUGGAGACGUUAUUAGGAUGUAAGAAGUGCAUAUCUUAUACAGGCUUUGGCACUACUGACUGAAUGGCUUUUUUUAUUGACUUUGGAUUGUUAGUUUUACUGUUUUGAAGUACUGCCUGAAGUGCCUUCAACCCUCUGACGCUGAAAUCAAGAUAUAGCAUGCUUUUGUUUUUUGUGGUAAAUUACUGAGUCACACACAACUCUAAGUCAGUUCAGAGGAGCUGGACUCAAAAUUAAGUAUUUAGAUGGUAGUUGGUUAUAUUUGGUAAGUGUAAUUUGGCUCUUCUUCUCCCAGUUAUGAUCAAUACAGUGGAUGGAAAAUUACUACAUUUAGUGAUGAAAAGCAAUCUCGGAAAUAAAGAUGAUGAAAAUUAAAAUACCUCCUUUCUAGACAAAAACGCAUGGUUGAGUGUUUGGAAUAUGUAAGUUUUGCUAUUAUUUAUGAUUUGACUGAAUGAGAAAGUGUUUUUAGUGUGUGUGAGUGUGUGUAUAGAUUGUUUUUCCUCCAUGAGUGGAACAUUAAUCGUUGUUUGCCCAUAUGUAACAUAAGGCACUGUUAGGUCUGUGAUCCUUUUCUGUGAGCAUACUGCAAGAGGCUACUUAGGGCUAUUACAUUGACUUAUAAUAUAGUAUACUGCAUAGCAAACUACUGUACACACAUGCAUGUCUGGGUUCAUGCUUUGAAAAUGUGAUUUUUUUCCUCCCCUUGUAAUAAAGUAUUUCUUUUUUUAAACUGGA